AAAAACCUUAAGCCGAAACCUAACCUAAGCCGAAAAUACCUGAAAAGGAACCCAAUUAAAAUUAAGGGUUGGAAAAAAGGGAGGCCCAGCCAAUCCCAGGGGACCCAACUAACUAAACUAACUACAUUAAAUUAAGCCGAAUGAGAAGUUCACGGACUUCUGUCGGAAAUUUGAAAUAAGGUUCAACCAGCAUACUAUGUAGUAGUCCCUCUUGCCCAACCUACAAGGAAUUGUCUGACCUGUUGUGUUUGUCUUCCAUCAGAGUCUUCUUACUGACUCAUUCCCAGAUGAUUAUCAGAGUAAAUACAUGUAAUAAGAUGCAGCAGACAUUGGAAAGGAGUGAAGAGAAACUUGAUUUGUAGUCUCAUCUUCCCAAACAGUCCAACUCCCCACAUCUUCAUGUUUUCCUCAUCAGAAUCAAGCUGGGAGGAGUCAGCCUUGACUUGUCUUGGGAAGGUGACUGGACUGGAAUGGACUGCUGGAACUGGAAGUGGACCAUUUUAUCAGGAUUAAGGCAGCCUUUGCUUGGUGUUAGUGUUGCUAAUCUCAUUGAAGAGAUAACCUGAAAAAUGAAGCCUACAAGCAGUUAUCAUGGUAUACACACAGAGCUAACUUACCAUCUGCAGGAAGAGCUUGAGUUGGAAAGGGUUCUCUUCUUUGCAUCUUUCUUUACCGGUCCAUGUGAUCACCUACAAUAUCAUCACUCCUGGAAUGUGUAAAAAGGUCUUCUUACUGACUCAUUCCCAGAUGAUCAUCAGAGUAAAUACAUGUAAUAAGAUGCAGCAGACAUUGGAAAGGAGUGAAGAGAAACUUGAUUUGUAGUCUCAUCUUCCCAAACAGUCCAACUCCCCACAUCUUCAUGUUUUCCUCAUCAGAAUCAAACUGGGAGGAGUCAGCCUUGACUUGUGAUGUGUUAGUUGGGAAGCAGUUGGAGAAGGAAGGCAACUGGACUGGAGGAACUGGAAGUGGACCAUUUCCUGAGGACUAAGUCAGGCCUUGUUAUAAAGAUCAAGCCCAAGAAACAAGUAAAAUUGUUGUCCACAUUGUGGAUAAGCAUUGUGGAUCAGGAUGAAAGCACAUGACUUGGAUUAAAAGAGAGAGCACUCUGCUAGCAAGAGAGUGGGGUUCAGUGACUCACUACUAAACCAGACGCAGAUAUGCAUGGCUAUGUUUACAAAUUUCUAUUACGUGUCUCUUUGGCUCAGAGGGAUGAAACAUGGCAGCACCUAAAAAGAGGAGUGCUUGGAAUGUAAGGAGGCGGAAGUAAAGAUGGGAAUGCCAGAGAUGACAUAAACAUUAGGACAUAAGGAUAGAGUUCAUCAUGGUGAAACUCAAGCAGACCAUGUUAGCAGUUACUAAGGGAGAUAACCUCAGACUCUGGAAACCUUGUCAGGGAAAGAGUUGCAGCCUUGUCGGUGUUGAUGAUCUCACUGAAGAGAUGACCUGAAAAGCCAAGUAUGUACGUUGUUAUGUUUACACACAAAGCGAACUUACCAGAUGAGCUUGAGAUGAAAAGGGUUCUCUUCUUUGCAUCUUUCUUUACUGGUCCAUGUGAUCAUGAGCUACAUCAUCUUUCCUGGAAUAUGUAAAGAGUCUUCUUACUGACUCAUUCCCAGAUGAUCAUCAGAGUAAAUACAUGUAAUAAGAUGCAGCAGACAUUGGAAAGGAGUGAAGAGAAACUUGACAUGUAGUCUCAUCUUCCCAAACAGUCCAACUCCCCACAUCUUCAUGUUUUACUCAUCAGAAUCAAACUGGGAGAAGUCAGCCUUGACUUGUGAAGUGUAAGUUGGGAAGCAGUUGAAGUAGAAAGGUGAGUGGACAAGAUUGCCGGUACUGAAAGUUCCACCAAACCCACAGGGAAUUUUCUGUCCUGUUGUGACCUGUAUCGUGUCUUUAAGACCGAAGCUCAACCACCAGAGUUGGUGAAUAGACUGGACUGUUGGAAGUGGAUGUAGAUCUGAAGUGGGUGCGGAUCUGAACUGGAGGUAGUGGACUGGAUUAUCAGCCAAAAGCCAGGAAGUAAACGCGGGCGGAAAAUUUGAGAGGGGUGCAAAAGCAGCGGAAAUCUGAAGCAACUAAUAGUGCUACAUGAUGUUGGAGAAAAUGAUGACAGCUGUAGCAUUAUUGGUGGUGCUGGUGACCAUGUUUGCAACGUUUUCACGAGCUGAGGAAAAAUGUGCUGGAGGCCACAUUAAUCAAAAUCUAUGCCAGAAGACUUGCAACUUCAACAAGUGCACAUGCGACAUGGUGGACACAACCUCUUUCUCAAGCUGCUCUCAAAAGUGUCAUAUUCUCUCUUCGUGUCCUGCGAUGGAUUGUUCUGGGAGAAACGCUUGUGCGCAGAAGUGUUUUUUCGGUGAGUGUAACAUGAAUUGUGGAUCAAGUAAAUUCUGUUCACAGUUAUGCGUAUGGAAAGCCAGGUGUAAACAGAUCACGUGCUCGUCACCCGCGUGUAACCAGGUCUGUGCAAACUGUACGAUGGAGUGCACCAGGGGGGUGGACAAGUGUGAUCAGAUGUGCCUGGGAGGAGUCUGUAAGAUGAAGUGUUUUGCUACGCAGUGUAGAAGACAAUGCUUUAAAGGAAUUUGUGAUUACAUCGGCGAAUCUCAGAGUAAGGCGUCAAUAGUUCAAUACAGAGCGUUACUGUUCCUGAUUACAGUUGUUGGCCCAUUAAGGAUAUAACGAGAGAUCUCGUGGGACAAUACUAGCGGAGGACGAUACCGUCUAUAGUUGAUAGCCAAUAAAACAAUUGCCAAUGAAUGGGCGUUGUCACAUCUGGCCACAUAUUUUAUAGAAAUAGUCCAUUUAGUGGUGCAUCCAGGAGAAAGGCAUUCCUUGGAAGACAUGUUAACCUGUAGAAUCAGAGCGGAAUAUCUUUAUCAACCCCUUAAUCCCUGCGAGUGACUGGCAUCUAAUUUCUCAUUUCAGUACCACCCAUGAAUCCAACAGUAAGGUCAUGAGAAUAAAGGAAAUGAUAAUCAACCGAAGAACCUCUUGAUUGUUAAACCAAUUCUCCUCACCAGCACGUUAGGAAAUGUAUAGAGAACAGUAUGGAGAAUAUGUUUAAUGUUUAAAUAUGGGAUGAUCAGUUUUGUAGGGAGAAAUUAUGUGCUGGUCACUCUUAGGGAUCAAAGGGUUAAGAAAGUCUUUAAAAGGACUUUUUGAGAUUGUUCACUUGUUAGAGGUUUCCAAGUUGUGUUGAAAACACUGGACAGGUGCACUCGACCCUUGCAACUUCGUGGCUUUACAUCUGCGUGCUUCCUUCCUUGUUGUGCAUGGAAAAAGUAUUGCUAUGUAUAAGUUAAUCUAUAAGAGAAGUUAAUCUCCUUCGUACCUGUUGUUUUGUUUCGCGACUAAAUAAUAAUAGCAAGUGGUACAGAUUUCCUAACAA